GAUCGACAUCCCUCACAUCAUAACCGAUCUUGCCCUUCUUGCCCCCACUCCGCCUCCCUGAUUCCACAGUUGACUUUCUGUAGAUUCAGUAGGUUUCUACUGGUGCUGGUUGUUGCUUCCUGCUUCUACGCCGAUGAAAAAAGAACGCAGACAAAAAUCAGCGUCGUGUGCUGCGGACGCGAUCGCUUUACAAUUGCAAUUCAUGUAGAUGACAGCACAGUACUUGCUCUAUCUACAGUACAAAAUCGCCAUAGAAGAAUAAAUCUUUACACACCAGCAGCACCGUUGAAAAAAAAUGGCAGCAGCUCCCUUUCUUAAGGCUGGGCUGCAAAGUGGCACAAUCUUGACGAUUGCCGACGUCCUGACACAGCUGGGCAUCGAAGGAAAAAGCUUUGAGCAGAAAGGCGGAUCUUCUAGUAGCUCCUCAACUUCUCCUUCCCAAUCCGGCUCACCUCCAGCACCAAAUGCAAAAAAUACAACGCCCACGACCGCAGUCUAUGACCCCUACCGCACAGCUCGAUGGACCGGUGCGGGACUGAUGAUACACGGUCCCUACUUCUUCUACACUUUCGGAAAAAUCGACAAACUCUUCGCAAACUACACGUUGAAUUUGACAACAGUGUUGCUGAAGACAGCGACAGCGCAGUUUACGGUAGCAUUGAUGCUUUUCUUUUUCAAGACUUCUGAUAAAAAUUAAUCCACUUGACAUGGUAUUAUUUUGUCACUAAUAUGUGCUUUUUUUUGAGUUGCUGUUUUCAACGUUACCUCAAGUAGUGCAUACUGUUAUUUUGAAAAUUAUUAUUGGAAUCAAUGGACUUGUACUCUUUGUGAUCAUGAACGGAGCCGUUUCCACGAUCAACAAAAUUCUGGAGCACUUUCUCUUAGGCUUUCCCCGGUUACCUCGCUCUCCUUUUCGCCUACAUGGGGGCAGCAGAGGGCAUGCGCGAUCCGGAGAAAAUAAAAGAUAACGUGCUAAAACGAGUACCCGAAGCUUUUGCUGCAGGAUGCGUGUUUUGGCCCGUGGCUAACACCAUCAACUUCAGCGUAGUAUCAGCUUCUUAUCGCGUACCAUACUUGGCCUCUUGCGGUUCUGUUUGGGGCUGUGUGCUUAGCUUGAUCAAUGCGAGGGGGAAGAGGGAAGGUGAAGCGGGGGGAAAGUAAGAUGGAUGUUGGGCCAGAAGUUUGGCAUUUUUUGUUGUUGACGAACUUCUUGAUACGCCUAGGUCGUGUCGUCUAUGUUUAUUUUAUAUGGAACCGCGAAUAAGAAAGAACCCCAAAGAAACUACAGUGGAUCACUACAAGAAUAAGAAACUACUUGUGUAAGAAAGGGUCGCCGAAGAUGUCAUGCUGAAAGCACAUGACCAGGACGAAGCGCCGAGGAUUAUUUUUUUUUAGAUAUAAGGUACAGUUCGAUUUCCAGUGCAUUAGGAUGAUGAUGAUUUAGAUCUCUUCCAGAUUAGUAAGUGGGAGCUCAACUAGAUCAUCUACAAGUAAAAGCCAACUUGUACUAGCUCUUCAAGAACAGGGUGAGUAAUCAUGCUCUACCUUUUUAUAUGUUUUAGAGGUACAGAAAGAAUAAAACAAGUUCUUGAAGGAUAACUUCAGUCGAUCAGAUUGACAGAACCCUA